AGAAGCCUUUGAACAAGUUCAACUGUGUUCCAGGCUGGAGGAACUUUUACUAAAGAAGAAACUCUUAAACAACGGGGAUGCUCCAGAGAUUCAUGCAAAAAAUGGAUGGUUUUCCUCUUGAUGACAGUGUUUUCUUGAUUAAUAUGCAGGUUGAUAAAUUAAAAAUUUUAUCAGAAUCGCUUGCUAACUCUGCUUCAAAAGUUGAAAAGCGUAUUUCAGACCACAAGUUAUUAGCUUUACCUAUCUUUAUUUGUUUUUGUAUAGUAGUGCACCUCUUCCAAGAAUGCGUACCACACCUCGAAAUAGUUCUUUCUUCCUUGACAUAUGAAAAGAAAGAGCUGGGAGGUAGAUUACUGUUGUGGUCUUAUUAGCUACAUGCCUACAGAGAUUUACCUGAAAGAUGCAUUCACAUUUUUCAAGGCUAUUAGACAUGUUCUUCAAUUAGUGCAAUUUUUUACAACUCUAAGAAACAAAAAAUAGAAAUCUAAAUUUCUCAUGGAUAUCUUGGAGGUUUUCCUGACAUCUAAUUUUAUUGGCUAAUGUUAUGGAUCACAAACGUCUAAUUCCCUCCUUUCCCAAAAGAAGAUGAAAAAAGAAAAGAAAAGAAAAGAAAGGAGAAGAAAAAAAGUGAGAAUAUUUUUAUUAAUACUGUUUAUAAAAGCACCUAUAAUGAGGUGCAUCAUUUUUCAUGUUUCUGACUGGUAAUGUGUGCUUCAGGUCAAGGAUCGUCUUUGAUUAUAUGUGUGGGAAUAUUGACUGGCUACACAGAUACAUUAUACAAGGACUUGAGUGGUAAGACACUACUUCAGCUUCCAAAACUCUAUGGUGCAGGCCAUAGACAGGAGAGUUACAAUAUGUACCUCUUCUGGAUCACAAUGAUUGACACACUAUGGCAGAGCCUUGUUCUCUUCUAUGUACUUUUAUUCACCUAUAGGGAGAGCACUAUUGACAUAUGGGGCAUGGGAAGUUUGUGGACGAUUGCAGUUGUUAUCCUAGUUAAUAUGCACUUGGCAAUGGACAUUAAGCGGUGGUUGCUACUUGCUCAUUCUUUAGUUUGGGGAUCAAUAAUCAUUACUUAUGCCUGUGUGGUGGUAUUGGAUUCUAUACCCAUCUUCCCCAAUUACGGGACAAUAUACCAUCUGGCAAAGUCACCUGCAUAUUGGCUCUCCGUCUUGGUUAUAAUAGUCUUAGCAUUACUCCCUCGCUUUAUUGGGAAAGUUAUACAUUAAAAUUUUUGGCCUUCAGAUAUCCAGAUAGCUAGAGAAGCUGAGAUACUGAGAAAAGAACCUAAUUAUUUUGGGUCUAAGCCAGAUCCAGGUUCCAGUUAAUAUGUAUAUACCUUCCUUGCUCUCUGUCUCUGUGGUUGGAGAAAAAUAAUUCUCACCUAUGGGCAUGAGCUUUCUCGAACAGUAACUAGCCAUAUGUUAAACCCCAUGGUCAACCCAUUUUCUCACUUUCA